UGGAGCUGCAGAGAGGGAAGGAAGAAUGAUUAUUUCAGAUAUCUUUUCGUUUUCUUCAUCCUUCUAAUAAAUUAUUUCAGAUUCUUCUUUGCCAAUCAAGCAAUCAUUCCUAGCCAUUUUUUAAGUUCUAAAACAUUGAAAAAAAGACCAUGAUUUAACAGCAAAGCGUGCAAGAUUUUCUUGGUACAAAGAGGGGGAAUUUAUUAUUAUUUUAGAACCCCUCUUCUUCUUCUUCUUCUUCUUCUUUUUUUUCUUGGUAUAAAUAUUGCAAGUUAUUAAUGUGCAAGGGAUCCGAGUCAGAAUAACGGGGAGGGCUAACGUUAUGCAAAAUCCGAACACAAAACAAUCCUAUUAUUGGUCGGACCGACUCGGCACGAUAUGUCCCAGCCCGACACGUCGUCCCGAAGACUAUUGUUGUUCACGUUGUCCAAAACCAAAACUAGUACUGUCCGGCGCGUCACCUUCGCCGCACCGAAGUCAUCCCACCCUUCCCCUUUUAUCUCCCUCGCCUCUCUCUCCCACAAAUUAAUAUUCCUCAACCCAAAACACACCAAAACCUAAUUACCAUACCAAACAGCCACCAACCACAACCUUCUCAAUCAACGACCAUCAUGGGAGAUCUGAUUGAGUCAUCUUCUGUUACUCCGUCAACGACACCACACUCUCGUCCAUUACCAAUCCGUGAAGAUUGUUGGAGUGAAGAAGCUACCUCUACUCUUGUUGAUGCUUGGGGACGCCGUUAUCUCGAGCUUAACAGAGGCAAUCUCCGUCAAAAAGACUGGCAAGAUGUUGCUGAUGCCGUCAACGCGCUUCACGGCCAUACCAAGAAAACGUACCGUACGGACGUCCAAUGCAAGAACCGGAUCGACACCAUCAAGAAGAAAUACAAGAUCGAGAAAUCUCAUGUCGUUUCCUCCAACGGAACCCUGGCGUCGGCUUGGCCCUUUUUUGAACGGCUUGACGCUUUGAUUGGGUCCAAUUUUAAUUCAUCCGGUAAGAAACAUCUCUCACCGUCUCCUCCGGUGGCUCUUCCGCUGCCUCCGUCUUACCGGAGGACUCCUCAGGUUAGUUCUACUCCACCGCCGCAGCCGCCGGCUCUGGCGGUGGCUUUGCCGCAGAAGAGGCCUUUACCGGUGGACGAUGGUUAUUUUAGGAGGAAUUAUUCGGCAAUGGCAGCAGCAGCUGCGGCGGUGGAAUCUGAUAGUGAGGAGGAUGAAGAUGAGGAGUUUGAGGGAGGGGACGGAGAGAGAGCGGAGGAGGACGUGGAAGGAGAGGGGAUUAAGAGAUUGGCCCUUGCAAUAGAGAGAUUUGGGGAGGUUUAUGAGAGGGUGGAGAGCGAGAAGUUGAAGCAAAUGGUGGAUUUGGAGAAGCAAAGGAUGAAAUUUGCUAAGGAUUUGGAGAUGGAAAGGAUGAGGAUCUUCACCGAGACGCAGGUUCAGCUUGAGAAGAUUAAGAAGGGUUUCUUCCCGAAUACGUUUUACCGGUACUUCUACUGCGUGCAACAAUUAACUGCCUCAGAUGAUUUCUGGUUUCAAAAGAAGGAUGCUUUAUAUUGCUGUGCAGCCGCAGCUGCUGCUAUGAAUGUUAAUGCUUAUGGCUAUGUGCACCUCUUGCUCCAGAUAAUGUAACUCCUGCUUCUGUUUUUGUUGCUGCAGUCCUUCAGCUAACCCUUUAUUGUUAUCAUUUUUAUGUUAUGCCGAUAUUUGGAUUGGCCCUCUAUC